UGUCGUAUGGGUGCAGGCUUUUCUGAAGUGUGUGCGUUUAGCAAGGCGACUGGAGAGUCCCAGCUGUUUAAACCAAAGAAAAAUCAGAGUGAAAGGCUAGAGUUCGAUCUCUUGGACGCAGUACUGCUUGAUUUUCCGGCUGAGGUGUUUAGCCUAAAAGACUUAAAAGUGCUGAAGUUUCCAACUGACCACGUUCACAAGCUACCUCAAGCAUUAACAAAACUGAAGGAAUUAGAGGAAUUAGUUUUGCAGACGAGUGACUGGUGGUGCAAGAGUGCAGAUGAUCUGAAGAAGGAGGGCGUAGGCUUGAUGGAAGUGCCUAGAUUUGUUACUAGUUUGAGCAGACUUCGUGUCUUGUCUAUCUACGGUAGUCCGAGACUGAAGAAUAUUUUUGAGAUUCCACUUUUUCAACUAUCUAAUCUUGUUGAGCUCGAAAUUGUAAAAUGUGGGAUCACAGACUUGCCCUCAACUACCAGCAGUGAUAAAUUUCAAUUGAGCAAAUUAAAUUUGAGAGGAAAUCCUCUAAGAUGGAUAAAACUGUCGUCUUGGUUGCAACCAACAGCAAUGAGAAUUCUUAUACUAAGCGACUGCAACCUGAAUGAGACUCCACCUGACAUUUGUGACAUGCAAAACUUGGAGAAACUGGAUUUGUCGGGAAACAAGAAUUUGCACUCAUUUUCAUCACUGGCAUGUGUUCGUCUCAGUAAUCUGACAUGUUUGAAUUUGAGUAAUUGUGAUCUUUGUGGUGCUCCUCCACUAAUGAAUUCCCUAAGAAAUCUAAAUUUUUUAAAUUUGUCAUAUAACAAGAAUCUGGAAUUGUUUCCUGCAGCAGCAUGUGGAGGUCUCAUCAAUUUGAAAUUGCUCAACUUAAGCUGGUGCAACAUUCAAACACUGCCAAAUGAGUUGUGCAGAAUGACAAGUCUAGAAAAGCUGUAUUUAAUGGGCAACAAGAACUUAGUCACUUUCCCAUGUGUUACUCUUAGAUCUUUGAAGCUGUUAGAUGUGAGACAGUGUGACAUACAACAAUUACCAAUGGAAAUAGAGAGUAGGCAACAUUUGGAAGUAUGGGACUGGAGGUCUAGCUAGUCACAUGAAAAAGUUGACAAGAUCAGAUGUUGUAAUUUGCUGUAGGAAAAUGGUUUAGACUUUCACAUACCAGUAACUAAAACAACUGUGUAAAUACAGAAGCAAGGGUGCGGUACAAUUGUCUUUGGGU